CGGACGCCGUAAACGUCAAGCUUUCGGUUUCUCGCGUCGAGUCGAGCGUCAAAAGCAAAAUUUUCUUCUCGGUCGGUUCGGUGUUCAGCACUUUUCCCUGCUGCAAGUGGAAAAACCGGUGAAAAUGGCUCGCUUAGGUCUCGCCCGGUGCUAAAUCAAACCUCCAAGUGUGCGCUAGUGCUUCCGGUUUCAGGGCGAAUCUCCGCCGCCUGCGGGUUGUGUAAAUAAACGUGGAAAAUCGUGCAAAAUAUGCUGCUGAAAAUUCAAGGGUGAAAAUCCUGCACAUCCUUUGCAGAAAGUUUGCGUUGGGGGAGGUCAAGUGCACAGCAGGGAAUGUGUUUUGUCGGUUUUGUGUCCUUCCCGGAAAUGGGAGUGCUGCAUCCAACUCUGUAUUUGCUGCCAUUUCAAGGGAACAAUGCUUCCCGAUGAGGGGAAUGGAAAAUCUAGGGCCGAUGUUUGCCUAAAAAAUGGUUGUUUGUCGAAACUAGUGAAGAAUGAUUUUUUUCCUCCCGCAAACAAACCUACAGGUACCUUUGCACACACACAUACAAAAAAUACAUAUUCACGAGCAAAAGUAGUGAGGAAAAAUGUAAACAAUAAAAAAUCGACGGACAUCAAGAGAAGAAAAACAACAAGAAACGGACUCACCAACAAAAAAUAGCGACAGUGUGGCCAGUUUUUUAAUGAAUUGCAAAAAUGUGAUAGUUGAAUUAUAACGUAUAAUUUAUGUUACAAGAAAAAGGCGCGCCAUACAAUAAUACAUUACCACAGUUCUCAUUUUUUAACGUACAAUUGCCAGCGUCUCGAAGUAUAAUUCACUCGUUCUCAACAUGCAUUGGUACUACAAGCUGCUUGCUCGCCGGCCACACUUCGUUCUGGUCUCUGUUGGUAUCUUCUCGAUCGCGUGCGUAGUAGUGGCUCUGAUAACGAAAAAGCUGCCGGACUUUGACGAUCCAACGCUGGGUUUUGAAGCCCGUGGUACCUCGAUCGGCAAACGAUGGACUGCAUGGCGCAAUUUGUUGGAGGAAACCAGUGCUUCCGGACGGUUGAUCGCCAAUCCCAAAGAGUUGUACGACCGCAGCGUGGCGGCCGAAGGUGUGGAACACAAGCGUAAGAAAGAUCGAAAGAAGGCCAACAAUAACUCGAAGAAGCGCAACAAAUCGAACAAAAUGAAAAUGCUGAAGGAGCUUACGUUGAACAAUCGAUCGUCGAACGGAGAAGUGAUAAGCUUCGAAGAGUACGAUAACGAAACGUUCAUCAGCCGACACGAUAAUUGGGAGUACGGGAGGAAUAUGUCGUUCUACGCAGAGGAGACCAGCAACAAAACGAUGGAGAAGAAACGUGCUAAAUGGGACACGCUCAGGAAGCUGAAGCCUCCUCCGGAUCUGAUGGAAAUGCACAUACCGGCUGAUGGUUUCUUCUGUGAAUCACCAAACAAAGAAUUCGCGCAUUUUGUGGUGCAGCGUGUCAAUCACAACCUAAGCGAUUCACUGUUCGAACUGAACGCGUUUCUGGCGAUGUGUGACCUGGAGCAGCGUAUCGUCAGUACCGAGCACUACGAAGAUCUGUGUCAGAAGGAACUGACCAGCGACAAUUGCUGUCGGCCGUGGUCCGUCGUGAACUACGUCACAUUUCUAUCGAACAAGACGUCCUGCUUCGAUCUGGAUGAGGAGGACAUUGCGAUGGUGAAAACACUACUGUUCGACUGCUUCCAGUACUACAACAACUUGAAACUGGACAACGAUUGCGUCCGGUUUGCCUGUGCGGUCCCAAAUGAAUGCAAGCAACACAAUGCGGUGUACAACAUUCUGCACUACUUGACGGAUGUGGAUUUUAUUAAGUUGAAUGAAUCUUCCGAAUUUCUCAAUGCCACCAUGAUAUUUCUGCCAAUAGCGAGAAGCACGAAAGCGAUGGAUUUCUACCAUAGCCUACGGCAAGAGAACUUGGAGAACGUCUUGGUCGCCGUCGUGGCAAUGGAUUUGGGCUUGAAGAAUGCCCUUUUCGACGAGUGUCUUCUACGCGACGGUUGGCUUGUGGGACUCGGAGGAAUCUUUGUGGUGAUCUCGAUGUGGCUCUACACGAAAUCACUUUUUGUGACGCUGAUGACGGUUGUGGCUGUGAUUUUUUCGUUGGGGAUCGCCUACUUCAUCUACACGCUGAUUUUUGAGCUGUCGUUCUUUCCGUUCAUGAACCUGCUGGCGGUGAUCGUUGUCGUUGGAAUCGGAGCUGACGACGCAUUCAUCUUCCUCAAAAUAUGGCAAUGCGUCAUUACGGAUCGUGUGAAGGCAACAGGGGCCGUAGUUGCGUUGGGACCUUCGACGUCUGCUUUCGCGUCGGAAGCAAAUGCUGCACGGUCCGACACGCUAGUUGGAAUCAUGGCCAGUGCGCUGAAGCAUGCAUCCCUUGCCAUGCUGGUUACGUCGUUGACCACUGCGGCCGCUUUCUAUGCUUCGUAUGUUAGCUCGAUCACAGCCAUUAGGUGUUUUGGCAUAUUCUCCGGAACGGCGGUUAUGGCCAACUACUUUCUUAUGGUGACGUGGCUGCCGGCUUCGGUGUCGGUGGCGGAACGGAUAUCGUGCAUCUCGCUGGUGAAACCGGUGGAGAACAUCGUGGAGAAGCUUACGUGCCCGUUCAAGGCAAUUAGUCAAUUAGGUAGAAAAAUAGAAGACUUCAUAAUAUCAUUAGUAAUUAGUGUUCCACUGUUGUGGAUUGUGUUGUUGGGUGUUACUGGUGUGCUUAGUGGUGUGAUAGUGCUACAUUGGCCCAAAUUGCGACUGCCGGAUUCGCCAGAUUUUAAAUUGUUCAUCAGCAGCCACCCUUUCGAGCGUUAUGACAGCGAGUACAAGGAUCUCUUCUGGUUCGAGAAAACUUAUAAUACACUGGACACCUUCAAGCUGCCGCUGCGCUUCGUCUGGGGUGUGCAACCGGUGGAUCGGGGCAACUUUCUUGAUCCGGAAAAACGCGGCUCGCUGUACUUCGACGAGAGCUUCAACAUGAGUGCCCCCGAGUCGCAGCAGUGGCUGCUGAAGUUCUGCAAAAGCCUCAAGAACCAGACGUUCUAUCAGAAUAGCUCCGGAAUGCUGCUGCCGAACUGUUUCAUCGAAAACUUCAUCUACUGGAUGUCCCGACGGUGUAACGAUUACAUGGCCGGUAUAGACAGGACACCGUGCUGCGAGGUGUCACCAUCUCCGUUUGCGCCGGAAGUGUUCGAUCAGUGUCUACCGGAGUGGAUAUCCAGCUUGUACGGGACGUCAUGGGAGAUGUUCAUACCCGGUGUGGCCGGCCCGAAGUUUGCCCGGCAGCCGUUCGUCAAUGGAAGUGGCCUGCCGCAGGUGAAGGCCGUCGUCAUCGAGUACGAGAGCAAUCAGGUAUUUACGAUGUCGUAUUCUGAGAUUGAGGGCUUCGUGCAGGCGGUGGAAGAAUGGUUGGGGAAAAUGCUGGAGGACGCGCCUGCUGGUAUGCAGAACGCGUGGUUCAUAAGUGAGUUGGAGUUUUUCGACUUGCAGCACACGCUGUCCACGGGAACAAUGGUGGCCAUCUGUAUGGCCAUGGGUGUAGCGCUGUUGGUGUUGCUUUUAGUAACAUUGAAUGUGUUGAUUAGUUUGUACGCGAUAGUGACUGUUACGUUUACGAUUCUGACCACGGUGGCCGUUCUAGUGCUGCUGGGUUGGAAAUUGAAUGUGCUGGAAAGUGUAGCCGUUAGUACGGCAAUAGGUUUAGCGGUAGAUUUUAGCUUGCACUAUGGAGUUCAUUAUCGUCUGUCGACCGAUUCGGAUCGGAAAUCAUCGACUCACUACUCUUUGACAAGAAUGAUAGGUCCAACGGCGAUGGCAGCGAUCACUACGGGCAUUGCGGGAGCGCUUAUGCUUCCAUCCAGUGUGCUGGCAUACAUUCAGAUCGGGGUGUUCCUGGUUAUCGUAAUGCCCAUCAGUUGGAUCUACGCUACGUUCUUCUUGAUGAGCUUGCUGAGGGUAAUCGGGCCGCAGUUUGGUUUCGGGCAGUUUCGGUAUCCGAAACUGGGGAGUGCAUUGCGCGAUAGUGGGAAGGCACAGAUGGAUGGUACGAAUCGGUUGAACCAUCUGCAUCAGAACACGGUUUCCGAGCAGCUGCUGUCGAACUCGAGUUCGGCCGCCGGGGAACUGGUGGGUUCGGAAUCGCACGAGCUUGACUCGUUGACCUCGAACUCGAUCAUCAAACCAAUCAACCUGGACAUUUCGCGGCCGAUUAAUUUUGAUCGGGCGUUUAAGAAAAAGUAUUCGCUGCCCCGGGAGCACAGCCCGUCGACGGCCAGCGCCAUUACGGUGGUUCUACCGGAUGACGUAGAUUUUAAGAAUGGGUAAUGACAUGGUGUUUUAGUUAUAUGACUGUUGGAAGUUGUUGCUAAAAUUGAUCUCAAGACGAGUGUAAGAGACGCACAUAUUUCGUAGGCAAUUUUUCAGGUGUUGCGGCUUUCUUACUAUGUAUAAUCAGCUAGGGAGUUCGCUCACGCUCGUUUGUACAUGAACAUUGACCUUCCGUUCUCAGAAUCGAUAAUGCGUUUGUCUAGCAUUGAAUCUUAACGGGAUAGCCCAUAUGGCAUAAAGAUUGUUUGGCGUGAAGUCGUUUGGCACAAACUGCCCAUCUUUGCAUAGUCGAUGUAAGCGCUAUUUACAAGUGUUGCAGCUUUAAUUUAUUAUUUAGGGUAUGAUUGCAAAUAUUAUAUUCUGUAAUCGAUUUUCGUUCUAAACCUCAUCUAGAUGUCUACAAAGAAAAACUCUAAAAGUAUUUUUUAUUCCCUAUCAGCUAGUGUGAUUUGUGUAAACGUAAGUACAACAGUAAGUGCUAUUUUGUUACUUCGGAUUGCACCGUGUCUGUUCAAUUUGGUAGACACGAAGCACUUCUACUUUGACGUACCUAUUCGAGAAAAGUAUGAAAUGAAAUCAGGCGGACACUGUUCCGUAGAUGGGCUACAUCGCCCGUAAGCAGUCGACAAAAAUGUAAUUUUUAACCGUUUUGUGAUGAUAGUAAGUAAUAUGUUUUGUAUGGCGUUGCGUUUCAUGAAUGUGUUCAUUGUCAAUCGUUGAUAUAAACUACACAAUGAGUGGCCAUUUGGCAUAACUAGAAUUCCAGUAUAGUUAUAUGCUCUUUCUUUUCAAGUAUUAUGUUCGUCAUGGCAUACAAAUAGUCUUUCCAUAUGACCAUUAUGCCAAAUGAUGCCCAAUUUGAUAAAUUAUGCCAAAUGGCGUUAUGCCGAACGACUUCAUACCAACAAACCUUUUCGAUAAUAAGUAGUAACUAGGGUUUUAUCGUGGUUCUAAAUGCGGUUCCAGUAUGUGGAAACGUUAUCGAAAACCAAAUCAAUAUAUCAAUUUUUGAUUGUAAGUUUGUUAAUGGAUACACCCCAUUUGAAUCAUGAGCGACAAACAUGCGUGUGUAAUAUUUCACAAAACCCUCAUACUUGCUCACUCAUGAAAAGAAUCACCUUAGAUUGGGUGAAGACUGAUUUGCAUCAAGUCAAACCGUGCCAAAAUAAAAUUCGCUUUGAAGAGCAAUCGAUCACUGUAGCCACAAACAAUCAGAUGUAACACAUGACAGAAAAUUUGAAAAUUACAAUUGUUGUCGUAAAUGCUGAAUGCUACGAGAACUCAGUUUUACCGAGCAGGUACCAGAGGUCGGUUGUGUGUGAAUGUAGAACACGAACAGGAAUGAAUUGUUGAUGGGCCUUUGACCACUUACCAUACAUUUGAAUUCGUUAAAAAGGUGGUCGAAGUACUAUGUGUCGAGUGGAUUCCACAACAUAACUGUGUGUGGUGUGGACUCCACAAUACUGUGGAGGAUUACGCCUGUUUGUUUGUGCUACAGUUAUAAUGAUACUUAAUGUGAGAAACGAAAAAUUCUCCACACAAAUGCCAAUUUAUACACUUUAGAAGCACCCUAGAGAGAGAAAAGGAAUAGGUAGUAUUGCAAAUAGAUUAUUUCUAGCAGUCCAGUCAAUCAAAAAAAAAUCUGUGACAAUAUCUAUUACCGGGUACUCCAAGUACUAGAAACAGACAAAGAGAGAUAGAAAGACAGAGGUUGCGAAAGAACCUUAUUUUUUUCGCCAACAGAAAACAAACAGUAUCGUUGUGAAUUUAGGAGCAGAGAAGCGAAGAACUUCCUACUACAGUCGCAAAUGUAGUUAUUAACUGAAAGCAUUUAUCUUGACCGUGCAGCGCGUGUGUUAGGUUUUAGUUUUAAAUGCAGAAUAUUCGUGUUAGGAUGUGUAUGUGUGUACGUUCGUAGGAGCAGAUGUACUUAAACAGAAAAAAUGGUUAAUUAUCAGUGGUUUUCUUCGUCUGAUACAGGAUCGCAUCCUCGAAACUGACUAUAUUUAUACUUUUGAACAGGGAGACAUACAAACAAGAAAUACGAAGUUUCAACCAGUAGCAGGUGAAAUAGCAUAUUGAAAUUGAACUUGAUCCCAUUGCUCUAAGACUAGAAUCGUGCGGUAGACGAAGUAAGAGUAAAUUGAAACAUAGGUGACAACAACCGUAACGCUCAAAAAUAUUGUGAAACAAUUAUAGAACGUUUUGUGAUAUAUACAAACUUAAGCCGAUAAAUGCAAGAUGUAGUUUUAUCUAGAGUUUUAAGUGACGUGGAAAAAAAAUGCUGACGAUCCGGAAUCAGUUUCGGUCGAAUGCUAAUAAAUCACCACCAGAUUA